AUGGACCAAUGGUUGUUCGAAUGCUGUUUGUUGGGAUACCGCCGUUUCACUGAUGCCUUGUGGAUACUACCAGUCUAUGUAUAUCCCGGCGUGUUACACAUCUGGCUGGGUAGGUGGCUUUGUUUAGAUCUGAGGACAACUCCAGUCCAGGGAUUUGGUAAGACAGCCAACGAACGCUUUGCCACAAGACAGGGAAGGGAGACACAGGAUGAGAGAAAGCUCCAGGAAAAUGUGUUCAAGUGCGAGGGAGUGGAACAUGUCAACGGUGUUAUCAACAACAAAGUUUGUUGUUGGUGGCGUCGAACUCAAGGUACCUAUCUUGGCAACUGGUUCUUAGUCCCAAUUCGAAGUGUUGAAACCAUGAGUGGAUCUCCCUACAGGGGCGCAGGCCGUAGAGCAGAGACAGACAGACAGACAGACAGACAGACCGUGAUGGAUGCUAGGUAG